ACCUAGUAACAGGAAAUAGAACUAGUACUAGUAUUUUUUAAAUUCUUUUAGUUUUGUAUUAUAUUGUUUGUUCGAUAACUGCCUACCAUGCCUCGCAAGGUGCGGUCGCCAAAACAAACUUCUCCUAACACCUUUGCACUGCUCGAAACGUGCUCGGAGCCCGAUCUUUCCCCGGCCGCGUCCGCUGUCGCUGCUGACGCUGAUGCUUCAACAAGAAAAAGUAGCAAGCGCCUUCGCGGUGAUGAUAGCUACACCACGCCGGAUCGUAUUGGUGAGUUGAGGGAAUUGCUUGAGUCUUGGAAGGCUGAUCAGGACAUUGUUCUCGGCAAGUUGGUCGCACAGGUGACCGAACUGAAGCAGCAGAAUCUUAGCAUCCAAAGGACUAACCUAGAACUUGAGAGGUCCGUCCAGUUCCUCAGCUCAAGUUUCGAGAAUAUGAAGACCCGCCUUGAGACUUUGGAGGAUGAGAAUCGGGAAUUCAAGAGGCGCCUGCAGGAGGAGGUUGGUUCUCAGCGAACUAUUGGUGCACUAGUAGGAAAAAUUGACUCCAUGGAGCAGCAUGCACGUCAAUGUAAUAUAGAAAUUUGUAAUUUACCUGAAAAACGCAAUGAAAACUUGAAUCUUAUCGUGGAAACCAUUGGUCACGUUGUAAACUGGCCCGUAUCUCAUGAUGACAUUGUAUCCAUACAUAGGGUCCCACAUGCGCAACAACAAGACAAGAAGCCAAAAAAUGUCAUAGUUGAAUUUAAAAGACGCAUAACUCGAGACAAUUUGCUUAGCGCCUACAGAAAAGUGAAGAGCAUCAAAACUGAUCAACUCGGAAUCUCAGGCGCCUCAGUAUCUGUAUACCUAAAUGAGCAUCUCACCCUUAAAUACAAAUCUUUGUUUCGUGAGGCUAAGAAAGUUGCGAGUAAAAAUGGAUUUAAGUAUGUAUGGAUUCGGAAUGCUACUAUACUUGUUCGUGAGCGGGAUGGAUCCUCCGCAUACGCGAUACGUUCUGAAGAAGAUCUCAAGAAAAUUGUUCCUGGUGACAAAUAGUGUGC